GCGGGGCAAAAAGCGGCGCUGAGCGGACGGGGCCGAACGCGUCGGGGUCGCCAUGAGCGCGGAUGGGGCGAAGCGGACGGCGGCCGAGAGGGAGAGGGAGGAGUUCGUGGGGUUCUUCCCGCAGAUCGUCCGCGAUCUGACCGAGGACGGCAUCGGACACCCGGAGGUGGGCGACGCUGUGGCGCGGCUGAAGGAGGUGCUGCAAUACAACGCUCCCGGUGGGAAAUGCAACCGUGGGCUGACGGUGGUGGCUGCGUACCGGGAGCUGUCGGGGCCGGGGCAGAAGGAUGCUGAGAGCCUGCGGUGCGCGCUGGCCGUGGGUUGGUGCAUCGAGUUGUUCCAGGCCUUCUUCCUGGUGGCUGAUGAUAUCAUGGAUCAGUCCCUCACGCGCCGGGGGCAGCUGUGUUGGUAUAAGAAGGAGGGGGUCGGUUUGGAUGCCAUCAACGACUCCUUCCUCCUCGAGUCCUCUGUGUACAGAGUGCUGAAGAAGUACUGCAGGCAGCGGCCGUAUUACGUGCAUCUGUUGGAGCUCUUCCUGCAGACCGCCUACCAGACUGAGCUCGGGCAGAUGCUGGACCUCAUCACAGCUCCCGUCUCCAAAGUGGAUUUGAGUCACUUCAGUGAGGAGAGGUACAAAGCCAUCGUUAAGUACAAGACUGCCUUCUACUCCUUCUACCUACCCGUGGCUGCUGCCAUGUAUAUGGUUGGGAUCGACAGUAAGGAAGAACACGAGAAUGCCAAAGCCAUCCUGCUGGAGAUGGGGGAAUACUUCCAGAUCCAGGAUGAUUACCUGGACUGCUUUGGGGACCCGGCGCUCACGGGGAAGGUGGGCACCGACAUCCAGGACAAUAAAUGCAGCUGGCUCGUGGUGCAGUGCCUGCAGCGCGUCACGCCGGAGCAGCGGCAGCUCCUGGAGGACAACUACGGCCGUAAGGAGCCCGAGAAGGUGGCGAAGGUGAAGGAGCUGUAUGAGGCCGUGGGGAUGAGGGCUGCGUUCCAGCAGUACGAGGAGAGCAGCUACCGGCGCCUGCAGGAACUGAUAGAGAAGCACUCGAACCGCCUCCCGAAGGAGAUCUUCCUCGGCCUGGCACAGAAGAUCUACAAACGCCAGAAAUGAGGGGUGGGGGCGGCAGCGGCUCCGUGCUUCGCGCUGUGUUGGGUGGCUUCGCAGCCCCGGACCCGGUGCUCCCCCCACCCGUUAUCCCCGGGGAUGCGGGGGGGGGGCGGUGCGGGGCGCGCAUCCAUCGGUGCCGUCAGACUGUGUGUCAAUAAACGUUAAUUUAUUGC